UGCGGGCUGGGCGUGCUCGCUCGCUCGCGGUGGCGUAAUUUCCCUGCGGGUCUGCAUCUCCUUCCCUCGGCCUCCGUGCGGGGCGGGGCAGGAGAAUGGCUUCGGAGAUGGAGUCGUCGCUGGAGGCGAGCUUCACGUCCAGCGGAGCGCUGUCGGGGUCCUCAGUGUUUUUGCCGCCGGCACGCUCCCGCAUCUUCAAGAUCAUCGUGAUCGGCGACUCCAACGUGGGCAAAACGUGCCUGACCUACCGCUUCUGCGCCGGCCGCUUCCCCGACCGCACCGAGGCUACCAUCGGGGUGGAUUUCCGAGAACGAGCCGUGGAGAUUGAUGGGGAGCGCAUCAAGAUCCAGCUCUGGGACACAGCGGGCCAAGAACGCUUCCGAAAGAGCAUGGUGCAGCACUACUACAGAAAUGUGCAUGCUGUUGUCUUCGUGUAUGACAUGACCAACAUGGCCAGUUUCCAUAGCCUGCCAUCUUGGAUAGAAGAAUGCAAACAGCAUUUGCUAGCCAAUGAUAUACCACGGAUUCUUGUUGGAAAUAAAUGUGACUUAAGAAGUGCCAUUCAGGUGCCUACAGACUUGGCACAAAAAUUUGCUGAUACACACAGUAUGCCUUUGUUUGAGACAUCUGCUAAAAACCCCAAUGAUAAUGACCACGUGGAAGCUAUAUUUAUGACCUUGGCUCAUAAGCUUAAGAGCCACAAACCAUUGAUGCUUAGUCAACCCCCUGAUCAUGGAGUUACCCUGAAGCCUGAACCGAAGCCUGUGAUGACAUGCUGGUGCUAAAUAACAGUCUUUAUGAUACUGUUGAAUUUUGACUAAAGAAGUACUUUUGAAGUAUCAGAGUGAUAGUCAUAAGAUUUAAUCUCAAAUAUAAUGGAUCAUCCUAGCACUUCACUGUUUAUCAUCAUUAUGCUCACUUCUGUAUUUUGUCUUUACAUAAUCAAGUUUGUCACUCUGACAACAUAAGAAAAAAGUUGGGCCUUGGCCAGUGUGGCUCAGCUGGUUGAG